AUGAGUCGAAUCUUCAUCACCGGCGCAACGGGCUUUAUCGGCGGCGAGGUCCUACACGGCCUCGCCAGCAACUCGCGCCUGGCCGCCAAGACGGUCGCGCUCGUCCGGAGCGAGGCGCGCGCCGCCCAAAUCACCGCCAAGUACCCGGCCGUCGAGCCGCUCAUCGCCGACCUCGACGCCAGCGACGCCAUCGCUUCGGCCGCGGCUCAGGCGGACGUAGUUCUUCUCUGGAUCCAAAUCUCUGGCGCAAGCGUUCUCUCUGGUCCCGAGAUCGCCAACCACUCCUACGGAAAUGCCAGCUCCAGAGUGUACAGCGACGUGGAGGACAUUGCCGAGCUGCACAGAAUCGUCGCCUCGUCGCCGAAGCGCAUCGUCGACCGGCUCGUGACCAACCUGGCCUCCGGUCAGCCCCGCGUGCGGACCGCCAUCGUCUACGGGCCCAUCAUAUACGGCCUGGGUGCCGGUCCCGUGAACCGCCGCAGCAUCCAGAUCCCGGGCCUCGCCCGGGCGACGCUGCGCAACGGGUACGCGCCGCACGUCGGCAAGGGUCUGAGCGCGUGGAGCAACGUGCACGUCUCCGAUAUUGCGCAGCUGAUCCUGAAGCUCGUCGCAGCGUCGCAGGACGGCAGCGGCAGCGAGCCGAAACCGUUGUGGAACAAGGACGGUGUCUACUUUGCGGACGCUGGAAAGAUUCCUUUUGGGGAAAUUGCCCGCAAAAUAGCUACCGUUGCGGCUGACAAGGGGCUCAUCGAGUCACCCGCCGUCAAGGAAGUAGACGCCGAGGCCGCCGAAUCCAUCACGGCGCAUGCCGCCGUGCUGCUCGGGACCAAUGCCCAGACAAAGGGCGAUCGGGCUCGCACCUGGCUCGGAUGGGAGCCGCAAGGUCCAAGCUUAGAGGAGGAGAUUGAACGAGCCGUGUUGGAGGAAGCUGCCAGCAGCGCAAGACCAAACAUUUAG